AUGAAGAUCGACCUUGUCUUCCUUGCUUCUCUCUGUGCCAACAGUGCAUUCGUCUCUGCUCUGCCGACCGAGGCAAGCGAGCUGGCUUAUGUUCUUCUGGAGGAUGGCACUACGCAGACUAUCAACAAGGCAGAUCUAGCUGCCAGUCUACCUGGAGUCUCUCUGUCUCCGCCCACCGAUUCCCUCCCAAAGUUCAUUGAGACUGGAUCUAAUUCGAGUUUCGUGAGCCGUCUGAGCAAGCGCGGUGGUGCCCAGUUCAUCAUCACUCUUCCCGACGAGAAAUUCCUCGGCUGGGACGUGCCUAUGUCUACCAUCGUCCAUGCCAACCAAGCCGAUGCCACUGCUUCUAUGGCCGCAGGCCAGUCCCUCGCAAACAGCAUCUCGGUUGGCGCCUCGUACGGAGUCACCGUGGAAUCGUUCCUGAAUGUUGGAGCCACCAUCAACUACCAGACCACCCAAACGGCUACUCUCACCGGCACGGUUACCAUGACAAUCCCGAAGAACAAGUGGGGUGCGAUUGUUAGCAACCCCUUGACCUACCGCAGACGCGGAUACGUCUUCAAUGGACAGCCCGGAAGUGGACACUACGAAUACUUCCAGGCGGACUCCUUUACCUCGGAUAGUUUCACCUAUGGACCUAACACCUUGAACUGGGUCAAGGGUGUUGUUACAACUUGCUUGGGAGACAGCUACCCUCUGAAGCGUUGCGUCGGAGAUGGUUCUUUGGAAUAA